CACGAAUGUAAAGAGAUCACGUCAGCGGAAACUCCAUCGUUCUUCAAUAUAAUGGACAAAGUGCUAAAUCUAAUGCAUGUGACGUUAAAAGAAGCAAAAUACAUUAUGACUACAGUGAUGGAUCUCAAUGUUAUAUCGCUCGCGCUUCAAAUCAUUUGUUUAGCAGGUAAUAUUUUAUCAAGGACGCUAUUAGGCGGAAGAGCGGAGAGAAACGAAUAUCUGUUGUUACAUGCUUUUAAUUUGAAAAAUUACAUAACGUUGGAUAAGAAAAUUGAAAAGAAAGGGCGAGGCGAUGGUGAGAUCUCAAUAUAUUUUUAUAUAUUGUCGUUAUUACGAAACUAGAUAUAUGUUAGAUGGCUCGCGUAGGAAAAAAGCUGCGGCGUAUGCUGGAGGCCUCGUACUUGAUCCGAAGAAAGGUUUUUAUGACAAACUGGG